GCUGAAGAUGACGAGGCCAUCGAAAAGUAUCAUCGUGACUGCUUGCAAACGACUUGGCACUCACUGAUUCUCUUCCGUCUGUUGUGAAACGAGCGUACGGGCACAGUACCGUUCAUGGCGCUCGAUCUUCUCAUCAAAGAGGGUCAACAAGGCAAAGUGAAACACCUAUAUCGCUACGAUCUGGAAUCGUUUAUGUGGGUUUUCGCCUGGAUUUUCUUGCGUUAUAGGCAGGGAGUCCUUCUACCGCGGAGAUUGCGCCCUCUCGACGAGUGGGCGACUUUAGACGCUAUUGCAUGUGGCGAGAAGAAGUCAGCCUUCCUGACGGCUUUUCUCAAUUAUCUACCCACGGACCUCCGAACUUCUCAAUCGGCCAUAGAUUUGUCUUUAUUGGCUCUCCUUGUGGACUGUUUUCGGGUGCUCCAGGCAGCUAACUCCAAUCGCGUCGAUGCCAUCUACCAUAACCUCGGAGUUGAGCUGGGAUGGACAGAAGGAACAUACGAGCAGAUAGAUGCCGAGGAAACAGUAUCGGAUAUGUAUGAUUUACUAGGCAAAUUCACAGGUACCAAGGCGUGGGUUAAGCUCAGCAACACUUUACCUUUAUAGUGGUCGUUACACCACAUAUUGUUUUCUGUGUUUCGCUACCUGUGUCAGUUUUUCAU